UAAUAUAUCGAAUUCAAUAUUUUUAAAUUCUCGGUAUUUGAUAAAAAUAUUGUGUUGAGAGAAUUAUCAACUUUAAUUUUUUAACUGAGUUUUUUUGUGAUGCAACAGUCGACAGUAUUUUACAGUAAAAGAACUAUAUCUUUAAAAAUUUAUUAUUACACUUUUACACUUUUAUUUUUGGUCGUUUCCAUGGAUAACGAGAAAGAAAAUCGCGAAACAAAUUUCAUUCGUCUCGUCAUCAAUCCGCGUCAAAUAUUUCCGGUGCCAAUAGCGCUCUUUUAUCCCACUUAUUGUGAACUAACGAGUCUUCAAAAUGGUAAAUACCGAAAAAUGUAGUUUAAUUAUUUGCACAUUUAGUAUGUUGAAAAUCAUAAAUCACACUUUACCGCGUGAUAAAAUACCAAAUCAUUUAGGAUUAAUAUGCGCUAUUAUAACCUCGAUAAAACUUCGAAUGUUAAAAAAAAAGAAUAAUUUCAAAUUAAAAAUAUAUGAAUUUAUAAACAACGAAAAUUCGUACGGUUUAUUUUAACGGUAAAGGAUAUAGAUUUGCAAUAAGAUAAAUCAAUUAAUCGAAACCGAUAGCGCGAAGUACUUUCGAUCCACAUCGGCCAAGGCGGUGUACAAAUGGGCAACGCCUGCUGGGAGCUUUAUUGUCUGGAACAUGGCAUACAACCCGACGGAAUGUUGUCACCGCAGACCUGUAAUACAAGCGACGAGGGCUUCCAAACUUUCUUUAGCGAGACAGGCGGUGGGAAAUACGUACCUAGGGCUGUUUUUAUCGACCUCGAACCGACGGUGAUAGAUGAAGUACGCACGGGAACGUAUAAUCAGCUAUUUCACCCUGAACAAUUAAUCUCUGGCAAAGAAGACGCCGCAAACAAUUACGCACGUGGCCACUAUACUCUGGGCAAGGAGAUCAUCGCUCUUGUAUUGGACAGAAUCCGUAAGAUAGCCGACAUGUGUGGCGGUCUUCAGGGUUUCCUCAUCUUUCAUGCGUUUGGUGGCGGUACCGGAUCCGGUUUCACUAGUCUGCUGAUGGAUUGGCUGUCCAUAGACUACGGCAAGAAAGCGAAGCUGGAGUUCGCCAUAUAUCCAUCACCGCAGAUCUCAACAGCGGUUGUUGAACCCUACAACGCAAUCCUGAUGACCCAUACAACGCUGGAAAACUCCGACUGCGCGUUCCUCGUAGACAACGAGGCUAUCUACGAUAUUUGCCGGCGCAAUCUGGACAUCGAGCGGCCAACAUACACAAAUCUGAAUCGGCUGAUAGGCCAGAUUGUAUCCUCAAUCACGGCCUCUCUGAGGUUCGAUGGCGCCCUCAAUAUCGAUCUCACCGAGUUCCAAACGAAUCUCGUGCCCUAUCCCAGAAUACACUUCCCUCUAGUGACUUAUGCACCCAUCGUAUCCAUCGAAAAGGCCUACCACGAGCAGCUCACCGUGAUGGAGCUCACUUCGGCCUGCUUCGAGCCGGCCAUGCAAAUGGUCAAAUGCGACCCGCGAAAAGGCAAAUAUAUGGCCUGCUGCUUGCUCUAUAGAGGCGACGUGGUGCCGAAGGAUGUCAACGCUUCCAUCGCGACCAUCAAGAACAAGAGGACGAUACAGUUCGUUGAUUGGUGUCCGACGGGUUUCAAGGUAGGAAUCAACUACCAACCGCCAACCGUGGUGCCAGGUGGUGAUCUGGCAAAGGUGCAAAGAGCCAUGGCCAUGUUGGCGAAUACUACGGCAAUCGCGGAGGCGUGGACCCGACUGAAUCGAAAAUUCGACCUUAUGUUCAGCAAGCGAGCUUUCGUUCAUUGGUACGUCGGCGAAAACAUGGACGAAAUCGAAUUUAACGAAGCCAGGGAAGAUAUGGCUGCGUUAGAGAAGGAUUAUAAUGAAGUCGGCACGGAUUCUCCGGAUAUCGGCGAUGACGAGGAAGUUUAGUCACUUUUAAAAGACUCGCCAAUGCAUUAAGAACGCAUGCACCAUGGUGGGAUAAAUGAACGUUUUUUUUAAUUCGAUUAUACAAUUUUUCUAGACUUUUUACAUUGUUUUGUAUCGUCCUUUUGUACAUAUUUAAUAUAUUUUGUUUUUAUACAUAAAA